CCAAAGGGCCGUCGAGUCGCUCUCUGGCCUCUGGAGGGAGUCAAAGGCUUCGGCUCUGUUGAGGGCCGGGCACGCGCAGCCGGCGGGUGAUCGAAAGUCUUCCAGUGCGCUGCGGGUGGUGCUGAGGUACAGGGGCUGCUGUAGGAGCCGCGGCUCGCACCCGCCACAGCGCCCGCCUCAACCCCUGGUUCCCCACGCACUGAGGGAGUCCUACACCCCUUGCCUGUUCCAGAGGUGCGCGAGAUGGCUCCACGUAAGAAUGCCAAGGGCGGCGGCGGCAACAACAGCAGUAGCAACAGCAGCAGCAGCAGCAGCAAUAGUGGCUCGAGCAGCAGUGGAGGUGGCAGCAGCAGCCCCGGGGCCCGGAGAGACACAAAGCAUGGAGGACACAGGAAUGGGAAGAAAGGAGUACUUUCUGGAAGUUCAUUUUUCACAUGGUUCAUGGUCAUUGCACUGCUGGGAGUCUGGACAUCCGUAGCUGUCGUCUGGUUUGAUCUUGUUGAUUAUGAGGAAGUUUUAGCCAAAGCAAAGGACUUCCGUUAUAACUUAUCAGAGGUACUUCAAGGAAAACUAGGAGUCUAUGAUGCCGAUGGUGAUGGAGAUUUUGAUGUGGAUGAUGCCAAAGUUUUAUUAGGCCUGACCAAAGAUGGCAGUAAUGAAAAUAUUGAUUCUCUUGAGGAAGUCCUUAAUAUUUUAGCAGAGGAAAGUUCAGAUUGGUUUUAUGGUUUCCUCUCAUUUCUCUAUGAUAUAAUGACUCCCUUUGAAAUGCUAGAAGAAGAAGAAGAAGAAAGCGAAACCACAGAUGGUGUUGAUGGUACGUCACAGAAUGAAGGGGUUCAGGGAAAGACUUGUGUCAUUUUGGAUUUACAUAACCAGUAACUUUGAUUCAGGGAUUGAAGUCAUUGGCUUAUGAAAACCCGAAGCAGUCUCCUUUUCCUUUCUUUCCUUUGCUCAUCCAGGGCUUAAAGUGCAGUGGGGCAGCUGUGAUGAAACAAUACAAAGCAACCAUGUGAUCUUUUCCCAAAGCACAGCUCCUAGCUAGUCCCUUGCUUGGCGCCCCCACUUCUAGUGAAGAAAGUGGCAUUCCUCAUUCCCGUAGUUGUCUACGAAGCGCAUUGACAAUGAUGUUCUUGGUGGUAUAAUUGGUUUCUGUAUCGUUCUGUUUUGACUCAUGUACUCACUGAACUAAAUCUAGAAACUUAAUAGAGAAUUGUUUUGUGAUUAACCUUUGAUGCUGCUUGUCUUUCUAACACACUAUUAAUUAAGAUGAUUAUAAUGGACUUGAUUAUCAGCAUAUUUCUAGCAUGAUUCAUAAAUGCUUCUCUUUCGCUCUUUAACAUGACUGAUGUAUAAAACGAUUAUUCUUAAGAUACCUGAUUUUUAAAAUUGUAAUUUGUUUAACUGAUUUAUCACAUAGGUUAAUGCCAACUUCAGUGUAAAAUUCUGUAUUAAUGGUGCUUUUACUCCAUGUUUUUGCCUUAGGGUAGUUAAGUUACUGUAUUCAGAUAGUAGUAUGUCUGAAUAUUUCUGUCUAUGGAAGCAAAAUUAUUUUUAAUUUCCUUUUCAAAUAUGCAUCCAGAGAAAGUAAUUUGUAUAUUUUUUAAAAAAGGUGUAUUAUACAAGAAAGAAAAUGUGAAUAUGUAUCUUAAAUAAUGUUGUACAUAUUAAAACUAUUCACCCUAAGUAAGUCUUUUCCAUUUUUUUGUAUUAUCUUAUUAACUAGCUAUCAACUUUGGCUUAGGUAUAAUAUGAAUUUUAGAUUUAUAAUUUAAAUUUAUUAAAGUGGUAAUGCUUUUUAGUGGAAUACUUUUUGCCAUUAGAAUGCCUUAAAAACACCUUUGAGUCUCUUUAUUUAAAGUUAGCUUGCUUGAAUAAUAUUGAAAGCAAUUGUAUUAGCCAUAUAUAACACGCAUUUUGUAAAAUUAGAGUUUAUCCAUUUCCUCCCUCAAAGCUCUUCACAGCUUGAAAGCAAAAAGAUCUAAGACCUUUGGUCUCUUCCACUCUUUUAGGGAGUGGUGUUUUGUGCUUUUAUUUUUAUUCAUUUAUUUUCUAAAGACAAAGGUUUUUUUCUGCCACAUUCUUACAUUUACACUUUUGAGACAUGUAACCAUUACAUUGUGUUUGUUUCAUGUUUUUAAAUCUCUGAGAUUAAAACUUAACUUUGGUUCUUCCUAGAGCUUAAAAUUUUUUGAAAAGUUUGCAUUUUUCUGCUUUUCAGAUGUUCACUUUUUAUAUUUAAAUGAAGUCUUCCAGUAGGUGGAUCAUUCACCCAUUUUUUCAGAUUAAUGUGUUUUUCAGUAAUCAUUCCUGUGGGCUGUCCAAGUGAUAGCCUGAAAGCAGGUCUCCAGUCAGAAUAUGGGAAGCGCAUUGGCCGCCUCCUCUACUCACAACUUGUACAUGGCAAUGAACACUAUCCGAUUUGCUAGUCUCAUUUUUUUCUUUAAAAAGAAGGCAUUCUUUUGCAGUUAAUUUUGGAAGUGAAUACACCAGUUGUAUUUUGACAGUGCUCUUCCAAAGCUUAACUGGCUGUUAAAACUCUAGUUUGUCUUUCCUAAUUAUUCAGGGAAUAUGUUUUAUUCUGUUAAUGUUUCUGACAGUUGAAAGCUUUUGGUAUUAGAAUGUUAAUAUUCAGGAACAAAUGAGUAUCAUUUGGAUAUGAUUUUUCUGAAAGUUGAUGCAGUUUUUGCCCAAACUUAAUGCAUCUUCUCUUUGAAUUAAAGUAUUAUGAAAUAGCAAAAGUAUAUUAAGUUUAGAUUCAAAAGCAUUCUUACAUUUACACUCUUAAUGAAAUUCACUUAGCCAAGUGUCUGAGAUGUAUUUUUUAAAUCAGUCUUAUUUCUUAAUGCUUCAUUGCUACUAACCUCUAGAAGAUGUUUGAUUAGAUUAUAAGAAGUAAAUAAUUAAAAUUGUGUGUUUAAAAAUGUUUGGAAUCAUUAAUUUCUCAACAGGCUCUUUCUGUUGUGAUGCUAACACAUUUUAUGUGCAGAAAUUAAUUAUGCAUUAUUUUUGUUAGUGAAAAAUAAGGGUGUGAGACCAUAAUUUGCCAUUUAUUUGGUACCCCCUUUAAUCAGCCCUUUGGGAAAGACUCACAGGAAGGUAAAGCCCAGGUAGCUGCUGAACCCCUGACUUCUGUGACUUCCUUCAACUUGUGCCUACGGCUCAUUUUGGUGAGAGAAAAUAGUUGUUUGCAAACUUGGUGUAGGGUAUGUUGAAGCUGAAAAAAAUUACCUCAUUUAAAUUUUAUUUAUUAUAUACAUUGUAAUUCUGAAUGUUCUAAGGAUUUAUUGUAUAAGGUUCUGUUUCAUAAUAUAUUUUUCUAGCUUAAACUGAGAAAUUUACUUUAAAAGGCAAAAUUGUAUUCUGUACAUUUUAAAAUUUAUUUAUACUUACAGAAUUUAGAGUUGUACUCUUGUUCCUUUGUUUUUCCAUUUCAAACAACCGCAGGCACUUUGAGGAGUAUGCUCUGUGUGCAGAUGUAGGGUGUCUCCUCAGAGCGGCCCUUCUGCGUCUUCCCUUGCUUGGCCAUUUGUCCAGCUGAAACACACUGAGUUUUCUGGAGUUUGGUACAAAAACAAGGAAUUGGCACUCUGGGGAUUUACUUUCUGCACAUUGGCCGUUUCAGCCCUGAUUUUCUCUAGGACAUCGGUGAUGGCGUGUAAGUCGGUUGGAAAAGCAUCUUCUAUCUGCUGAUCUUAUUUAUUCAGUUUCUGAGGCCUCGCUGCCAUCUGGCUGUCUGUGAGCUGGGGACCUAGUGGACUCAUGCAGAGCUGGAGACCUAGUGGAAUGCUGGGGUAGCCAGCCUUUUCAUCUUGUGCUCCAUCCUUUAUUCUGGACACUACUGAAACUGGAAAAGUUGGCGUUUGUGCUGCCUGUCACUACCAGAACCAAUAAAUAGAGACAAGGAUUGAAUCUUUAUGGGCGCUUUAUUUAAAUGGCUGGCAAUCUGAGAAGAUAGUAGGUUAUAAGGACUGCCUUUCCUCUCAUCUCAAACUGACCUUUUUUGUAAGGAGAAGAAAAGUCUGGGUAAGGGGUUUGGAAUUCAGAGAAAAGGUUAAUCAGAUAAAAGCUGCAACCCAGAAGAUUUCCUAGCAUCCUUUUUUUAUCUGUGUCCCAAGGUGGAAUUGCUUGUGGGUCUCCUGGAGUCAGGGGGGUCAUACUUCCAGUUCCUGGGAUAAUAGCUUUUCAUAUACAUUAAUUAAUAAGCCUAUUAACUAUAACUUAAAGCUAAAAAAUGUUCAACUCUUGAGUUCCCCUAUCACUACCUCCCUGUCUUAUAGAGCUAUAUCCAAACAUGUAAAGAAAAACUUUUUUUCUGCUUGAAUUCUGGUUUGUUUUUCUUCAUAGUUAGCUGGACUGAACAAAAUGUUUCUUUGUCUAUCCUGAUGUUUAUGGCUUUGGAGAAUGAGCAGAAGCAGAUAUAGGCAUAGACAAUUAUUGUUAAUUCGUGCAGUUGGCAGUUAUACCUGCUGGGGGAUUGAUACUCAGUGAUCCUUUCUGUAUAAGAUUCUGAUCUAUAAAACAAAGUAAGACAUUUCUGUGAUUUGGGCUAUGGAAUUUUCUUCAAUCACAGUAUGUAUUUGGAGCACUUGAAUGAAAUUCAGUGACUCAGACUUUAUCAUCACAAGUUGACUGAUGAAACACUACACCAAAUUCUCUGCCUUGGUUAUUUGUUGAAAUAACCACAUAAUACAGAGGAGUAGGUAUUAAAGAGUUAGGAACCAGGUCUUAGAUUUCAUUGAGUCACUCUCCAAAGCUCAGCGAAACAGACGAUGUAGUCCUGGUGAGUGAGAACCUCAGGAACCACCUAUUGCGUAAAGGGACACUGAGGCAUUUCUUUUCUGUGUUUCUUUGUUUAAGCUGUCUUAAAUUAGUGAAACAAUUAUUGGACAUGUUUUUUGAAGAUAAAUGAAUUUUGAACUUCAUACAAUAAACUGACUUAUGCUAACAGAGGUCUUAGGGGAUCUUCCCCAAAUAUUUCAUUUGUAAUUUGAAUCUGCAUUUUAUCUUUAGUCAAACUCUAGCUGUAAUCUCUUCCUAAAUCUAGUCUUUCAGUUCUGUUAUGUUCUAAUCCUCCCUCCCCUACUUAUCAUAGAAGGCUGGAAGGUUUAGAGCUUUCUUUUCCCUUCAAAAUAUCUGUGAUAACAUAUUUACGCUAUCUGUUUAAAAUUGUAAAGAGGUGUAGUGUGUCCUGACAUGCAUUUUUACCAAAAUUAGACAUUCCUUUCAAAGCAACAGUCUGCCUAGUUCACAGUCCCUCUACAUAAGUGGUUGGCCUCUUUUUGCUAUCUUUAGUCAAUGUUGAAAUAAACUAUGACGUUUUACUAUGAAAGGAAAUAGGAUAAGAAACUGAGGCUCCCAGGUAUCACCAGGGACUAUGGGAGAGACUGAAAUGACCUAAGUAUAAUGUGAUACUCAGCCUACCCAUUCUGUGGCCAACUCUGAAAAUCUGCACUAGCUACUCAGGCUUUUGUAAUGGAACCACUCUUCUAAAACUAUGUCUGUUGCAUGUGGUGGGACCCCAGGUCCAAGCAUUGGCUUAAUGAUCGGGCAUUUUAAUUUCAUCCAGAGCAUUUCAUUUUGAAACUGUGGGGGAAUAUGUGGCUCUGAGGCAGUUGUCAAAAUAACAUUAUUACUUUUAGGCAACUUCUUCAUGUUCUAAAGAAAGAAUAUUAGACCUGCUGUUUUCAAAUUUCUGUAUGAGAAUUCCCAAAUAGUCAACACAGCCAUUAACAAUAGUCACUUAGAAACUAUCAGAAUAAACACACAGACAAAAAGGAAAUAAGCAACAUGGUGGUUGUUUAUUUGUUGGCACUCUCUUUGACUGUAACCACAUCCUAAUGCUUCUUUGUUGACUGCUUGCAAUGGGAAUGUAUUCUAUCAAUAAAAUAACUCUUAUCUGCAUGGAUUGCAGAGUACCAAAUAUGCUUCCUUGUCAGUCUCUAAUUGAUAUAAUUUUCUCCAUAUUACUUGGAAACUAUUUUUAAGGAGUUAUUACGUUAUCAUGAAUUUUAUUGUUUGAUGGAAUUGUUCCCUUUUUUCCUUCCUGGAAAAAUAGGUGCUCACUUGACUUUUGACAUUGUAAAGAAACUCGACAUCAACCAUGGUUACAAAUGCUAAGAAAUUAAUUCUGUCUACAAUUAGGAAUUAUAUAAAAGCAAAGUCUUAUAUACAUACCCUAUGCCCUCACAUACAUGCUCUGGGGCCACUUCUCUGCUUCCCCAAACUAGUAAUUUUUUCCCCUCUACAUGCUGUCAUUAACCCUGCCCCACUCACCCCUCCUCCAACAAUGGGCUUCACACUGUUGUUGGAAAAAGAACUGUUGUUAAGUGUCCCUGAAUCGAACUUCUGUGAGCUGCUCACUGCCGUGACAGUUACUGUCUUCAGUGAGUAUUCCAAACUUUUCAGCCCUUGCAUCUUCCUUUCUCUGUAGAGGUCAUUUUGCUUCCUGCUUUUCUAAGGUAGUCACCCCUAACUCGGGUGCCAUUAUGUUUCCUUCUUUACCCUGUAUGACAUUUAAUUACUCUUAUUUUUUGAAUCAUUGUUUCCUCCCUCAUUGGUCAUUUUUUUCAGAUGUGGCAUCUUCUGGUUUCCAAAGCCAAUGUUUUCCUUUGUGUCUGCACCUCCUUCUUCUGGCCUCAUCAUUUUUCCCCUUUCUCAUAAACUAAGUUUCUUUUUUCUCUAGGCAAACCUAUGUCUUCCUCUAGCCUUCAGUACAUACGAACACAAAUGAAAUUCUUCAAAACCCUAUUCCUUUUGUGCCCCCUGAGAAUCUUAGGAAAAUACACAUAUGAUCAGUUUUCUUCUAAGGAGGUAAGAGUGGCCCUUGUGAGCACCCUGAGUUUUGCUCACCUCUGUUUUCUCAUCACCGUAAUGUGACUGCUACUUCUUGUACUUCUUGUAUAAAAGGGACUACAGUACCUCUUGUACUAUAAUCUGGAGAACCUAAUUGGAUGUUUAAUGAUUAACAUAAUUCAGUAUUGUCCUCAUUGUAAACUUUUGUUCAUGCCUUCCUUCCUAAUACUGCUCCUUUAGUUUUUAGAACUGCAUUU